UAACGAAAAUGGUAUCGGAAGCAGUGUUUGACGAAAAGGUCAAAGAACUGGAACAGUGGAUUGCAGGUCAUAAUUCCUUGCCUGAAGAAAUCGAAAACAUUGUCGUCAGACGAUACCUAAACAGCACCAAUGCUGAUCUAGAAGAAGCCCAAAAGCUCAUUGUGCACAGCUACACAAUGAGAACAAAAUAUACAAAUUUAUUUUACAAUCGUGAUCCACUGGAUGAAAAGAUUCGACAAAUCAACAAUGUUGUUGAUUUAGGAAUUCCAAUGCCAAAAUUGACAAAUUGUAAGAGACGAAUCAUAUUCAAUAGGCUGAUUGAUCAUGACCCUGAAAAGUUCGAUUUCGACACAAUUAUCAAGGCCUUUUUCCUCGCAGCUGAUCAUCGCUUUUCUAUUGUUGAUGAGCACUUGCCAAAUAAAAUAAAUGCUGGCGAUAUUCCAGUUUUUGAUAUGCAGGGAUUAUCAUACAGACACUUGACUAAAUUAUCACUGUCAACUCUUCGGUGCUACAUGAAAUUUACACAAGAAGCAUUUCCAGUUAGACUACAGGAGAUUCAUUUGAUAAAUGUGUCGCCUGUUUUGAGCAGAUUGUUAACAAUAUUGAAGCCAUUCUUGAAGGCAAGAGUCAGUAAAAUGCUAAAUUAUCAUUUACCGAAUUCAACGACCUUCCAUGACUUUAUUGAACAAGAUUUGAUGCCAAAUGAGUAUGGAGGAAAAGCAGGAGACAUGAUUGAUAUUAAGAACAACUUUAUAAAGGAAAUUGAGAGUCAGAGAAACUAUUUAACAAGCGAUAAGCACUGGAAGCCGCGAGACAAAAACAACAAUUCAGUCACAAAUAUCCGAUCGAAUUUUCAAGAUCUUAAUAUUGAUUAA